AUUGUGGGCUGUUCAUCAGAUCCACCACCAGUCUGAAGAACUCAACAUAACGACCGCAUUUCGCCAGCCUAUGUUUAACGUUUACAUAAUCUCGAUAUUCUACCUUCCAUUGGCUUUAGGAAUUCCCCCUGCUGUAUUUGUUGUACAUCAUGAGCUUAACCUUCUCUACCAAGUCUGGAUACACACUCGGCUGUUUGGCAAGUUGGGACUACUGGAGUAUAUAUUAAACACCCCUAGCCAUCAUCGUGUGCAUCAUGGCCGAAACAGAUACUGUAUUGACAAAAACUAUGCUGGCGUUCUAAUUGUUUGGGACAGAAUGUUUGGUACUUUUCAAAUGGAAGAUGAGGAAGUAGUGUUUGGAUUGACUCAUCCCACAAAAACAUUUGAUCCUAUAGCCAUACAAUUUUCUGGCUUUUCGAACUUGGCAAAACAAUUCUGGAACAUUAAAGGAUUUCGUAAUAAGUUGUCAGUCCUGUUCAAAGGUCCCGGUUGGUCUCCGGGAAAACCUCGCCUUGGAUAUAUUGAAGAUAUUCCUGAGGUUCAUGUUCCACAAGUAAAAUACGAUCCCCCUCUACCUAUGUGGUGCAUAGUAUACCUCAAUCUUCACUCGUAUAUGCUGUUGAUUUUCUUUGGUGAUCUUGCUUUUCAGCAUAAGAAGUUAAGCCAACUGAUUGUAAUUGGUGGAGUAAUGUACUGUUUCAUUACCCAAGUAUCAUUUGGAGCCAUCAUGGACAACAAGUAUUGGGCGCCCCUACUCGAAGGUAUUCGUUGUUUCCUGUACUGUUAUGUAGAUUUCUACAUUCUUCCUGCAAUGGAACGAGAUAUUUAUCCAAUCACAGUUGGUCUAAGAACUGUGUUUUUUCUUUCAAGUCUACUGUGGAUUUUCAAGCAGAAAUAUUUUUCAAUUUCAUUUAACAGAAAACCGCAUAAUAAAUGAGAUUUUCAGAAUGUUAGUUUUAGUGUUUUUUCUUC